ACUACUUGCAUGCUUACUUACAUUCAACUAAAUCGCUUUUAUUUUUUUUAAUAGUCCGAUCCAAAUGCUCGCUUGAUGCGUUUCAAGUCAUGGCCGUACUAUAGUGAUUGGACUAUUAUAUUUGGAAAAGAUCGGGCAACCGGUGAGAGUGCCGAAGCACUCUUCGAUGCGGUUAACGACUUGACAAAACAAGACAAGCCCGCAAGUGAUGCAUCGAUGGGAGGUGAAAACAUCCCAUUUGUUACCGGAUCCCCGAACGACAAUGAGUCGGAGAACAUGUCAUCGAUGCACGGUGAAGCAUACAUGUCUACACUGAAUGGGGAAGGCACCUCGACAUCUACUCAACGUAGGGGUAAGAAAAAAAUGAAUAAGAGGCCACGAAGCGACGACCUUGAGGCUCGCAUGGUGGACAUGAUGGCGGAUAUGGCCAAAAUUUUUGCUGAAACAAAGACAUCCCUAGGAGAAUUGGCGCAACGCAUAGGUUUCGAUCAUGAUGCUUCUAGUACUCGUAGGAAGGUGUUGGAUGCGCUUACACCAUUGUUUUUGAGUGUCGAGGAUAAGAUAAAGGUCGCCAAAGUCGUUUGUGGCAGUGCAAAUGAGCUGGAUAUCUUUUUUGGCUUGGACGAGAAUGAGCGUGCGGUUAUGGUCCAAAUGAUACUCGAAGGUCGCUACUAGGGUGUGAUGUGACCAACUUUUUUCCCAAACAAACAAGUUACCUAAGCGGCUAUAAUCAGUAGGACUUGCAUGUACUAAUUUCAACUUUUAAAACCUUUAUGUUUGACAAUUAUUAUUUGCACUAUUUCACUGUAUUAUUUUGAAACUAACUGUUAUU